AUGUCACAGCAACAGCAAGCAGGCCACAACAUUGUUGAUGUAUACAAAGGUGUAAUAAACGAUGUUAUCACUCAAGUUAAGGAAGCAUUUCUUGAUGAAAAUGUUGAUAUUGAUGUUUUACAACAACUAAAGAAGGAUUGGGAAGAAAAACUGAUCGCCAGUGAAAGUGUUGAUUGGGAUGGCCCACGACAUGUUCAACCUCCUCCACUGAGGCAAAUGAAGCAGCCAGUUAUGGCAGCUGCAACUUUAUCGACAGGGAGUUCUGUUCGUAUUGCUCAGAAUGGGCAACACAUACUGGUGCAGCAGUCAGUACGAUCAUCGUCAUCACAAUCCAAUCAGCCAACCUUGGUUAUGCAAGCUAGUGGUGCAUCAAAUGUACAGAGGCCGGUUCAUCAGGUUCAGUACAUAAGCGCUACGAGCCUUCCAAUUACCAGUGAUCCAAAUACAGUUGUAAUACAACGGCAGCCGGUGAACCAAAACCCUGCACAGAUAACCACUGUGGCUCCUGGAAUGAUUGCAUUUCCGGCUGGACAAGGUCAGGCUCGAAUAGUCCAGCAGGGUGGUCAACAAUUCUUGAUGCAUGGAGGUGGAACAACUAACAUUCCUACGGGUAGUAGUGUCAUGAUAUUAAAUGCCGGCUCUCAGAUCCCUGUGACGCUAAAUAACGCUGUCGUUUAUCAAGCAGCUAACCGUCAGCCGCAACAGUCUGUGCAGUCAGCAAUAAAACCAGAAGAUGGUAUACAGAUGCUUGAUGGAUCGACGAAUUUGGUAGUCAAUAUUUCUAAAGCUGGUUCAUCUCAAUUUGUUCGCAAAACCAAUGAAAAGAAUCUCAAGCGCAGUGAAAAUCAAAAAGGUCUUUCUUGUAAGGAUAGCUUCUCAUCUCCCUUUUUAGGUGACAUAGGAAAAUUACUGCAAGUAGAUGGAAUGACUCGAGUAAGUGAUUCCUCGUCGGAAGAAGAAAUGGAUGAGGACGAUGAUGAUGAUCCUUUGAGGACUAUUGUUGAUCGUAUUAGUGAGGAGGGAAACGCAGUUGAAGAUGAAGAACAGGUAGUUGAAGAGGAUCCUCUGAAUUCAGGUGAUGAUCAAAGUGAUGACGAGGAUGUCGAUAGGCUUUUUGAAGCUGAAAACCUUGUUAUGUGUCAGUUUGAAAAAGUUCAUCGUGCUCGGAGUAAAUGGAAGUUUACGCUAAAAGAUGGAAUAAUGCAUAUUCGGGGAAAAGAUCAUUGCUUCCAGCGUUGUUCAGGUGAGGCAGAGUGGUAG